AUUGCUAUAGGUUUAUGGUUAAAGCAACUUGACUGUAACUGUAACAGAAAUGACAAGGAAAUCCUUUUCAACGUUCUUGGCGGUGCUUUUGAUUUCUGAGUGUUUCAGUGAAUUUCAUGAAGUUGGAUCUGACUGGAUGCUAAAACGGAUCAGCCGACGCCAGGCUAUUGAAGGUGUGGACUGGGCUUUAGACAGACUAAACGAGCUCAAGCUGCAUCCAGACGGUACUGAUGGUAAAAUAGAGAAUGUAGCGGAGGGAGAUGUGUACGUAGUGGGGGGUGGUGUGCGCGCGACGCACGUGGAGUUUGGGGCACGUGUACUGGAGGGGUAUAGUUACGAUGGGAGUGAUAGUCGGGAGGACUGUAGUGGUGGUGUCUCCACAGGAGCUGCCUCCAUAGCAAUUGGUGGCCACAACGGUAUAGCCAGAAGAGCUAAUGUGAUCCCAGUAAAAGUGGGCUGUGGACAAAGUGUUUCCUCGUCAGCUCUUUCUCGAGGUCUACAAUGGGUACAGCAGCACAUAUCCUCCAACCCCGGUCACCGCGCUGUAAUCCUUCUUUCCUUCCCACUCUCCGGCUCCGUGCCUAGUGAGCUGAACACACUCGCUGAGAAUCAACUUGUGGUUCUACCUGCUGGCGAUUCUUCCUCCAACCACUGCAGUUUUAUUUCUCCGACAGAUGAGAUUGGUAUUAUGGUUGUGGCUUCCUCCACCAAGACCGACACUCAGUCCUCCAGUUCUAACUAUGGCAGAUGUAUUGAUAUUUGGGCUCCAGGUGAGAAAGUAUCAGUAGCAACUUCCUCUGACGACACCAGCAUUACAAAGGAGACUGGCACCCCCUACGCGGCUGGUGCUGUCGCUGGUGCUGCUAUCCAGAACCUCCUUAUGAUCAGAGAGGCAGGAGAAGUAGCCAGAUUAAAGGCUGUCCUACUAAGCAGAUCUACUAAAGAAGCGCUCACACUCUCACCAUCUGCUAACAGGGCUGCCACCCCCAACAGAUUACUCUUCGAUAUUUGUCCUUUCUACAAGCGGCCGGACCACGGCAAGUGUUACGUAGCCCAAACAAAGCAGCUGGUGAACUCAGACAACAACGAGAAGAUGAAGAAAGCCGCUAAAAGCGUGGUCACGUGGGAUGACAUGGCUUACAACUACUACGAGGACUGUCUUUCUGUGCUGGUGUUUGCUUCCUCUGAGACUAACAACUCUGUUACCGCUACUCAUGAGAGGGAGGGUGAGAUGAUCAUGGAUACUGUGUUCACGAUUAAAACAGCUAGUACGGUGAUAACCCUCGAAUCUGGACCAAAGGUAACAGUGGACGCUAUAGAAAUGAACCUGGGCUCUGUUAUAGAGGGAGCUGACUACAUUAUUUCUCUAGCAGACCACCAAGUGCGAACCCAGCAAGAUGACCGCAGAUUUGUUCCGGUCGUCACUGUGAAACUGUCUGAAAACAUUACGGUUUCGUUUGAUGGACAUCAGCAGAUCAGAAUUAACUUGGAUGAUAUGGAGUUGUUCCGUGAGAAAACUAAAGGAAUCUGUGGUUUCCUUGACAACAGUCAUGUUCGUGAGUUUGUUGACCGGUAUGAGAAUGACAUGGAGUUUACCUUCAAGGAAAACAAGAGGAAAUAUAUUCAGGAAUGGAAAGAAGGCGACUUUACUUGUGAGGGUGAAGAGGUAGACGAGUUAUGCAGAGACGAAUCUGAAUGUCAGGAAACUGCUGAACAAGUGUGCUACCCUCUCAAGGACCCCUCCGGUGACUUUAACCAAUGUUUUGAGGUUCUGGAUUCGUCCAGCUGGUAUACAAACUGCGUGGAUGCAGUCAAGGAGUGCUGCUGUAACAAUGUAGAUACAGGCAAGUGUUCCUGUGAGGAGCAGGAGAAGUACUGGUUUGCAGCACUACUGGAGGGCUGUGAGGCCGACCUUCCUUGUGAUGACCCCUGUAUAAAGCCUGACACCGACAAAGAGUGUGUUGAUGACGCAGGAAAAGAGUUAUCCUUCUUCUACAAAGAGAGCAUCUCAUACGACCCUAAAGACAACUGUCAUUAUGUUGAUGAGCACGAUUCUAUCGAGUGUAAACAUGACGGUUCGUGGAACAAGGACCCCUCCGACUGCAAGGUUAAGACAUGUUCCACCCCCGGGUUAACAGACUUUGUAGAGUUCUUGUUGGACAGUGAAGCUUCUUACAACUGUGGAGAUAAGGUGGGGUACGAGUGCACGAAAACAGAGUGUAACUGUAACUGCUACGAGAUGACUGGGGGCUCAGACAUACAGUGUGUCUCUAACGGUGACAAAACUGCUGGGUGGAGUAGCAGUCCUCCGUCUUGCAAACUUACCGAGUGUGCAGAUCCGAGAGUUCCCAACGUUGACAAGCAGAUCAAUGCUAGUCCCCUCUCUUGGGUGGAUUUCGAUGACAAAUCCUGCUGCUCCGGACGAGCGAGUUAUCACUGUCACGAGUGCUAUGAACUAGCGGGGACCCCGGAGGUGGGGUGCUGCAACAACAAGUGGGGAGAUGGGACCCUACCUGAGUGCAGACUGAAACAGUGUGCGGACCCAGCAGUGGAAGUAGAAGCUAGCGGAGAUGCUCACUUAUCCAUCAGAUCUGGUGGAGCUCACUACUGCUCCUACCAAAUAAACUACUAUUGUGACAGUCCUUGUUAUGAGAUUGAAGGUAACGCUACAAGAACCUGCCAGCCAGACGGUAGCUGGUCUGGUGAGCUACCAACAUGUGUGAAGAGGAAGUGUCCUGCUGUUACAUCGUACGAGGAUGGGAACUAUCUGUUUAAUGGUGCUGAGGUUUCUCAAGGAGAAAUCCUGGAGUGCGGAGACACACUGCACGUGCAAUGUAACAGCUGCAGUUUCCCAUGCACGAGUACGUGCGAGCGCACGUGCAAAUGGAACGGAACAGCCACAGUGUGGAGCAACAGCGAGCCACAAUGUGCCCCUAUCAUGUGCAGACAGAGAAACGUUCCCAACGCUCUCAUCACUAACAAAAAAGGAGCACUACAAUGCGGAGAAGCCUCAACCGCAACCUGCAACACCUGUUACAGACAAGAAGGCGGAGACAACACAAGAAGUUGCACACAAGUAGCGAGUAACCAGACCUGUCCUUUAUCCCACGUGGACGGUGUGUAUGACGGGGUGGAGAUAACGUGUGUGAAGAUGGAGUGCCCUGAGCUGGUGUUGAGGGAUAACAUCCGGGUUGUGGAGGAGACUUGUAGCAAUGACUUCAAGUGUAACUGUGUUGUGACUUUGGAGUGCGAUGAUGGAUGUUAUGAAAUGAACGGAGAGGCCACGUUGUCAUGUGACGGUUCUGGUGAAUGGGAUCACGAGAUACCAACCUGCUCUAGGAAGACGUGUCCAUGGAGACAACCGGAGUUCUCUAGGAGAUACAACUAUGAUGUAGAGUGGCCAGGUAAGGAGAUUGGUAUUAUGGUUAAGAGGAAAUAUAACUAUGAUGUAGAGUGGCCAGGUAAGGAGAUUGGUAUUAUGGUUAAGAGGAAAUAUAACUAUGAUGUAGAGUGGCCAGGUAAGGAGAUUGGUAUUAUGGUUAAGAGGAAAUAUAACUAUGAUGUAGAGUGGCCAGGUAAGGAGAUUGGUAUUAUGGUUAAGAGGAAAUAUAACUAUGAUGUAGAGUGGCCAGGUGGUUGCCAGUUUGAGAGUUCAGUAGACGGAAAGAGGGUUUCUGGAGAUGACACAUUCUACUGUGGUGAUAUAAUGGACGUAGAGGCAGUAUCUAAAGAUUGUUAUCACGUAUGUGACAAAGACAGGUUGAUGUGUCAGAGUGAUGGAACGUGGAACAUAUCAUCCUCACACAUCCCUAGCUGCAUUUACAUGACAUGUGAUGCUCCUGAGCCAGUCUCUAACGCUUAUCUAGUGAACGACGACCACGAGUACAACUGCACCACCACAUUAAGAUGGGAGUGUGACAAGUGCUACAGACACGUGAGUGGAGACCUGGAGAGAUCUUGUGUUCCUAAAGACAUUAAGAAAGACCCUAAGGGCCAGUGGAGUGGACUACCUCCAGUCUGUCAAAUAAUGGCAUGUGCGGACGAUGAGAUCCCUGUUGUCACUAACGCCACAGUUACUAAGGAAGCUUUAUCCUGCGGUGGAAAGUUAAAGUACACUUGUAACGAGUGCACAGAACUAGUAGGCAACGAGGAGGUGAUCUGUACUCAGCCUGAUUUGGAGUUCAGUCUCACGAGCUGGGUCAACACCCCUCCAUCCUGUCAACCUAUUUGCUGCCCAGCACUACUACCCGUACCCAGCGAGGAUGAGGACUACCAGGUAAUAUCUACGGGGGUACGUUACACACACGGCGCUAACCCGGCAGGUUGUGGAGACAACUACGUGUGCCAGGAGGUAGCAGCUGAGUGUGACGAGUGCUAUGAGUACAGAACAGAGGGGGAUGUGUCCGACUCUGCACCCACGAGGAAGUGUGUCAAGAAGGGUAACAGUAAGGAAGGUUACUGGACCAACACCGACAGAAUGUGUACCAGAAAAGAUUGUAACGUUCCUGAGAUCCCAGCUGAAAACAACCUUCACUACACUGUAGUACACAGUACAAAGAAGUGCAACCAAACUAUAGAUGUGGAAUGUGACUGCUGUCACAAGAUCAGUGCCGAUGUUAUAACAGACACCCUGCAAUGUCUUCCCACUAAGUUCUGGGACAAGGACCUUCCAAAGUGCGUCCCCAUCACCUGCUCCGAGCCUGUCACUAUUGAUAACGGAAGUUUUAAAACAGUGGAACCGGAGUCUGCUUGCACUUGCGGUACAGUACGAUACGAGUGUGAUCCCUGCUACAGACUGGUUGGAAGUGAGACUCUGACUUGUAACCAAAACACCAACACGGGGACUGCUGGCUGGAGCUCCAACCCUCCUGUCUGUGAACCUAUCUGUUGCGAGCACCUGGAGGAGCCGGUGGACCCAAUAACUGAGGAGAAGAGUACACAGUUGGUUUACAGAAAGGGGACCAGAACGGUUCUACAGGAACUGGGUGAGAUGACUGUUAAAGAGAACUUUGCCACAUGUGACAGAGACUAUGUGUGUCAGGAGAUAGAUCCUAUCUGCGGACCUUGCUUUGAGUACAACGAUGAGGAUGGAGCAGUAGUGGACGGAAUAAAGAACCCGCCCGUAAAACAGUGUGUUAAGAAACAGUCAGAUAUAGGAGAGAUAGGAGAGUGGACUAACAGAGACAAGUCCUGCACGUUAAAGACUUGCCCCUACAGAGAUAUAGAUGAGACCAUGCACCUUCAAUACACCUCCCCUCAAGAGUACAGUCUAGAUAACCCUGCUCAUUGUCAGAGCACUGUGGAGGUGACAUGUGACGAGUGUUAUGAGCUCCCUGACGGUUCAAGGUCCCAGAUUCACACGUGCCAGACAAACAAGACCUGGUCACAUCACCUCCCUACUUGCCACAGGUCGAGGUGCGCCACCCCGCCAGCUGUACCACACUGUACCUACAAAGCAGGAGAGAAUAAAUGCAACUUCAAGAAGGAGCUUGAGUGUGAUGAGUGCUACUACGAGGAGUCAUGUGCUGAAGAGACAAUGUCGACGGAUGGAAUCAUGGAAGCGCAAUGUAACUACGAUAAAUCUUGGUCUUGGACAACAAAAGAGCCUAAAAUGAACUUGAGACAAUGUGAGGAGGCUCCGGAAAUAGAGCACGGACAAGUAGACACAACGGGACGAGGGUGUGGGGACAUGGCGCGUUACAGAUGUGACAGGUGCUACACCUUCAGUCACGACUCAGAGUGUCUCUGUGAGAGAAGGAAGUGUGUACCGGACCCUGGGGACUGUACUAGAGGGAUGUGGAACGAGACAGCGCCCACUUGUGAGAGGAUCACGUGUCAGGCCCCACCUAGUCCCCCUACUCACGGCAGUCUUGUCAGUAUUGAUGGGACUUGUGAUGGAGCGGCUGUUUACAAGUGUGAUGAAGGGUAUUACCUGACGGACGGUGAUUUGGUCCGGAACUGCACUGAGUGGGGAAAAUGGACCGGCAAACACCCUGUCUGCUCAAUUAAAGUCUGCACCUCAAUAAACUCCUCACCUUAUCGCUCCCACUUCCCUGAUCUCACACACGAGUACGGUACUGUUGUCACGUUCAAGUGUGAUGAUUGCUACAAGUUUAAUAGUGCCUUCAAAAACGAAAGUGUAAAAGAAACAGAGAGCAUCUACCCAAGGUUCCAUGUGCUAAAGUGCGAAGCUACUGGGAACUGGAACGGAAGUUUCCCUGUCUGUCAGGAGAAGAGGUGCUCCAACCCAGGGACACCAGCUAACGGCAGAAUGACAAGUUCUCAGAACUUCCAGUGUGAGGCUAGUGUAACGUACGAGUGUAACACCGGCUACCACUUUACUACUACAAGUUCCCGAACAGUAACACGAAAAUGUGACGGAGAGAAAUGGUCAGGGACGGAGCCGGAGUGCGUGGCGAUCGAUUGCGGAGACAUUUCUGUCAGUCUUCCGCUGGUAGCUGAGUAUAUCGAUACUCUAUAUGGGUACGAGGUAGAAUACACCUGCGGAGUAAACCCCAGACAGAGACGCUGUUUCCACGUCCCCCAGCCGGAGGAGGCACUCUGCCAAUCUGAUGGAACCUGGGAGUACCCUCACAGUGGAUGUGCCAGGAAGCAGUGCCCGGCUCCCCCUCUUGUUCCUCAUGCUAACAUGAAGAAGGCUAAGAUAAACCUAGAGGAUACUGAUUGUAACCAGCAGUAUUGGUAUACGUGUGAGGAAGGGUACAAGAUGGAGGGGACUCCCUGGAUAAGAUGUGACAAGACUGCAUGGUUCCCACAACCUCCUAAAUGUGUGAAGAUGUCCUGUAGACCCCAGGACGAUCCCACUAACGGAGCAGUGUUCCCUUCACUGCAAGAGCAGGGUAAAGGUGUCCUAUACGGAGCUAACAUUACCUACCAGUGCAACACGUGCUCUGAGUUGCAGGGAGGAGACGCACAAAUAAGACAAUGUGUAUUUGAUGGGAAUAAAGGAGUCACUUGGUCAUCUCCAGAGCCCACGUGCAAUCCAAUACUUUGUUAUCUGCCCGCUAUCUCUAACGGAAGAAUUACAAGUGGUCAUGAUGUCGAGGAUAUACCCAAGUGUGGAGAAACCGUUAGCUUUGAGUGUGAUUUAGGAUACAAACUAGUAGGAGACAAACAACUGAAGUGCACGAGCAGCAGUAAGUAUGACACAGUUAUCCCUACCUGUGAGGAAGUAACCUGCCCCCACCCGGAAGUAGCUCAACACAUGAAAACUACAACUUAUCCAGAUCCUGCUGCUACGGACGGCAAAUACAGACCGUACACUGAGAUAGAAUAUGAGUGUGAAGAUGGCUGGGAACUAGUUGGCAGCAUGAUAAUAUCCUGCCAGCAAGAUGGAACCUGGAGGGAAGACGUCCCAAGAUGUGAACACAGCGAGUGUGAGCCCCUUGCAAACGUUACCCACGGGAGGAUAGUCAAGGAAUCAGACAUUCUGCGCAGAAUAGAGUGUGAUCCUUGUUAUGGUCCGACUAACCCUGGAGCGGAGAUACUGCAGUGUAUAGACGGCAGGUGGAGUCCUCCUAAACCUACUGAGUGUGAAGUGAAGCAGUGCAGUAAGCCUGAUCACGCAGUAGGUAACGGUAGACUCACAGCAAACACAAUACGAGUAAAGUACGAGUGCGGGAGCUCUGUAACGUUUAAAUGUGACGAGAGCUACGCUCUGACGGGUCAGGCCGUGUUGAGGUGUGGUGAGGAUGAAGAGUGGGACAACAAGUUCCCUCUGUGUGUGGAGCAAGUGUGCCCUGUGUUGGAGGAGGUCGCUAAUGCUGACACUAAAUACACUUAUGGCGGUCAGCAAGUACACUACGUGUGUGAUGAAGGGUACGAGUUGUACGGUGACCCUGUGAGGCGCUGUCUGAACGGCUCCCAGUGGAGCGGGCCGGGGCCCACCUCCUGCAAAGUGAAACACUGUGGCAAUGUGGGGGAUAUCCUGUACGGCAGUGUCACUCAGAUUAGUGGUGGGUUAGAGGGGGGUGCUGACACUCCGGGGGCGGCAGUGCAGUACAAGUGCAAGGAUGACAGGUACCACCUGAUGGGGGAAGAUAUAAGAACGUGCACAAACAACAAACAGUGGACAUAUGCCCCACCCGAGUGUAAAUGUGUCUCCUGUCCCGUACUAUCUCUUCUUAACGGAAUUAUAGAGACUGCUGAUGAGAACGUGGUGGGAACGUCGGUGCAGUAUAUGUGUAAUCCAGGCUAUAAGAUGGUACCAGAAGGUCGGAAUACCCGAACAUGCCUUGAAAGUGGAGAAUGGGAUGGGAUUUCUCCAAAAUGUGAACGAGUGAGAUGUAAAAGAAGAGUUCCUGAAGGAAGUAGAAUAACAGGAACUGACAAGGCAGAGUACGACUAUCUGGAAACAGUGCAGUUUGUGUGUGAGCCGUACAAGAACAAGCUUGUUUACAAGUGUGGAGAUGAUGGACUCUGGGAGGGUGAUGUGGACAAGACAUGUGCUUCCUGCAAAGAGAGGAGGAAAGAAGUGGUAACGUAUGUCACUAAAGUAAUACCAGGAAACUGUAUUCUAGGAAGAUGCACCGAGGAAACAACGGUUAAAUUCCCAGUGACUACGUAUGAAACGGAAGUAGUGUGCGAUUAAACACUAACUAUCAGACUUUUCACAACAUCUUAGAUUCAGAAAUAAGGUAGCCCGGACGAUGCCAAUUAUUAGAGACUGUGGUAAUGUGCCAAGAUUGAUUGUAAUAAAAUAAUGAACUGCAAAGAGCUGAUGACUUAGAAAUUAGAAUCAGUUUUUAUAGUGAUUUACUUUAGAAAUUUAUUAUGAUUUUUACUUUUAUUUGCAUUUAUUUCACAUACGUAUAAAAAUAUUUUCAUUUUACCGAUUUCAGUUUGUAUACAAUUUUCAUUCAACAUUAACGAUCAAUUAAUGACUGAAAAUACAAUUGAACUAACUUGAUCUGUUCGAAAUUAUUGAUGAUUUUAUUUCCGAAGGAACAAUAGCACUGUUUUUAUUAAAAUUCGAUGUUGAUAAUUUAAAUUUUCUAUAA